AUGUCGACCACUACUAGUACAACGACAACGACGACGAGUCAGGCCCCGGCUUCAUACUCUGUCGCCCUCAAGGACAAGGACACGCUGACAGCCUCGUUCAACUACUGGGGCAGCACUUCAAUCCCUCAGGAAUCCGACAUCCUGCGUAUUUUCAAUGGCUCGUCGACGGAGCUGCAGCGGGUUCAAUGCCCCGUCACUGACAUCCGCGCUCUCGGUCUCUCCUCCUUCAACCUCUCCACCCACGGCUUCCAAGUCCUGCGGCACUCUUCGGCCCUUCUGCCACCGCAGAGCGACUCCGUCCCCGACUUCCACAACACGGACCUGAUCAGCGCCACCUACUGGCCGGAACUCGUGUCACUCUUGAAAGCGCAACUGGGCGUGCGCAGCGCCGCGGCCGUCAACACCACCGUCAGAGACGUCAAGGAGACCGACAGGGACGGCUUCGACCCCAAGAAUCCCAGGUUCGUCAAGCAGAGCAUGCAGCCUUUCUUCAUCGUCCACGGCGACUAUACCCCCGCGGGAGCCAGAGCACAACUGAGGGCCGUCGUGUCGACGUACUUUGAGGACAACAACAACAUGGAAGGCACGACGGAGUCGGAGAGGACCGAGUUCUUCAGACUGCGCGACGAGAUCAUCGCCGGUGAGGAAGAAGCCAUGAGACAGGAAGGCAUCGGCGACCACUGGCACUGGAGCGGGAAGAACUACACCGGUCCGCGAUGGGCCAUGCUGAGCGUGUGGCGACCUCUAGAACCCGUCCGUCGCGAUCCCCUGGGCGUCAUGGACCCGCGAACACUACUACAGCCCAGCACCGCAAAGCCGCCGUACAUCGCGCUCCAGCGCGUCUACAAGGGCCGGCCGGGCUUCGCGCGAGAAUUCCGCAGCGAGAACAUCCUCGCCGUCGCGCCCGACCAGCAGCAGCUCGGAAACAAGAUGCACACGCACCAGUGGUACUAUAUCAGCCAACAGACGCCCGACGAGGUGUAUGCCCUGAAGCUGUUUGACAGCGAGGCGCACCGCGGCCGCGGCGACGGCGGGAGGAGCGAGAGCGAAGAGGUCGCGCAGUUCGUCGCGCACAGUGCGUUUACUCUCCCCCAGCAGGAGAACGAGAGGCUCAGGCGGAGCGUCGAGGUGAGGAUGAUGGUUAUUUGGUAG